AUGGGUCAAAAUGGCUUACCUCACAUGCCAGACAGUUCGUGGGAAUCCACAAGCAAAGCUUCUGAUCUCCAUGUGGCCUCUCAUCCUCUCUUAGGCUACACUAGUCCUCACAGCAUGGUGUUUUCAGAUGUCCAAAAAAGGGUGCUUAUUGGUUCUCCUUUAGUUGGCCAGCCCCAAACCAGAACUGGAGAUGUUUAUAAAUGUCCAGUUGGGAGAGGUGGUUCAUUACCUUGUAUAAAGUUGGAUCUACCAGUGAAUACAUCGAUUCCCAAUGUCACAGAUGUAAAAGAGAAUAUGACUUUUGGAUCAACUUUAGUCACUAACCCAAAAGGAGGGUUUCUGGCAUGUGGGCCCUUAUAUGCUUAUAGAUGUGGACAUUUGCAUUACACAACUGGAAUCUGUUCUGACAUCAGCCCCACAUUCCAAGUGGUGAACUCCUUUGCCCCUGUACAAGAGUGCAGUACACAGCUGGACAUAGUCAUCGUUCUGGAUGGCUCCAACAGCAUUUACCCCUGGGAAAGUGUCACAGCUUUUUUAAAUGACCUUCUCAAAAGAAUGGACAUUGGUCCGAAACAAACACAGGUUGGAAUUGUACAGUAUGGAGCAAAUGUAACCCAUGAGUUCAACCUCAAUAAGUAUUCAUCUACAGAAGAAGUACUUGUUGCAGCAAAAAAGAUCAGCAGGAGAGGUGGCCUCCAGACUAUGACAGCUCUGGGAAUAGACACAGCAAGGAAGGAGGCAUUCACUGAAGCCCGAGGUGCUCGAAGGGGAGUUAAAAAAGUGAUGGUUAUUGUGACUGACGGAGAGUCUCAUGACUCCUAUGAUCUGAAAAAGGUCAUCCAAGACUGUGAAGAUGAAAACAUUCAACGAUUUUCCAUAGCUAUUCUUGGCCACUAUAACCGAGGGAAUUUAAGCACUGAAAAAUUUGUGGCAGAAAUAAAAUCAAUCGCAAGUGAACCCACCGAAAAGCAUUUCUUCAAUGUCUCAGAUGAAUUGGCCCUUGUCACUAUUGUCAAAGCUUUGGGAGAAAGAAUAUUUGCCCUGGAAGCUACAGCUGACCAGUCAGCAGCAUCAUUCGAAAUGGAAAUGUCUCAGACCGGUUUCAGUGCUCAUUACUCACAGGACUGGGUCAUGCUGGGAGCAGUAGGAGCCUAUGACUGGAACGGAACAGUUGUCAUGCAGAAGGCCAAUCAAAUCAUAAUCCCUCAAAACACAACCUUUCAAGUCGAGUCUGCCAAAGAGAAUGAGCCUCUUGCUUCCUAUUUAGGUUACACCGUGAACUCUGCCACAGUCUCUGGAGAUGUGCUUUAUAUCGCUGGACAGCCUCGGUACAAUCACACAGGCCAGGUCAUCAUCUACAGGAUGGAGGAUGCAGAUGUCAAGAUUCUCCAGACACUCAAUGGAGAUCAGAUUGGUUCCUACUUUGGCAGUGUUUUAACAACAGUCGACAUUGAUAAAGAUUCUAAUACUGACAUUCUUCUUGUCGGGGCUCCAAUGUACAUGGGAACGGAGAAAGAAGAACAAGGAAAAGUAUACGUGUACACCCUGAAUAAGACAAGGUUUUCAUAUCAGAUGAGCCUGGAACCAAUUAAACAGGCUUGCUGCUCAUCUCUGAAGCACAAUUCAUGCACAAAAGAGAACACAAAUGAACCGUGCGGGGCUCGCUUUGGAACAGCGAUUGCUGCAGUCAAAGACCUCAAUGUUGAUGGGUUCAAUGACGUGGUGAUAGGAGCCCCCCUAGAAGACGACCACGCUGGAGCUGUGUACAUUUAUCAUGGCAGUGGCAAGACCAUAAGGAAAGAGUAUGCACAACGUAUUCCUUCAGGUGGGGAUGGCAAGACACUGAAAUUUUUCGGCCAGUCUAUACAUGGAGAAAUGGAUUUGAAUGACGAUGGUCUGACUGAUGUGACUAUUGGAGGCCUUGGCGGUGCUGCCCUCUUCUGGUCUCGAGAUGUGGCUGUGGUUAAAGUGACCAUGAACUUUGAACCUAAUAAAGUGAAUAUUCAAAAGAAAAACUGCCAUAUGGAGGGAAAGGAAACAGUGUGUAUAAAUGCUACAAUAUGUUUUGAUGUGAAAUUAAAGUCUAAAGAAGACUCUGUUUACAAAGCUGAUAUGCAGUACCGUGUCACUUUAGAUUCAUUAAGACAGAUAUCACGAAGUUUUUUCUCCGGAACCCAAGACAGAAGGAUCCAAAGAAACAUCACAGUCCAAGACUCAGAAUGUACUAAGCACUCCUUCUACAUGUUGGACAAGCAUGACUUCCAGGAUUCUGUGAGGAUAACUUUGGAUUUUAAUCUCACUGAUCCAGAAAAUGGGCCUGUUCUUGAUGAUUCUCUACCAAACUCGGUACAUGAACAUAUUCCCUUCGCCAAAGAUUGUGGAAACAAGGAAAAAUGUAUCACAGACCUCACCCUGGCUGUAACUACCACAGAGAAAGACCUGCUUGUUGUCAGGUCACAGAGCGACAAGUUCAAUGUCAGCCUCACUGUCAGGAACAAAAGGGACAGUGCCUAUAACACCAGAACAAUUGUGCAGUAUUCUCCGAAUCUCAUUUUCUCAGGAAUUGAGGGGAUCCAAAAAGACAGUUGUGAAUCCAGUCAUAAUCUCACAUGUAAAGUUGGCUAUCCUUUUCUGAGAACAGGAGAAAUGGUAACUUUCAAAAUAUUAUUUCAGUUUAAUACAUCAUAUCUCAUGGAAAAUGUGACCAUUCAUUUAAGUGCAACAAGUGACAGUGAAGAGCCUGCUGAAUCUCUUUUUGAUAAUGGAGUCAAUAUUUCUAUCCCAGUAAAAUAUGAAGUUGGACUACAGUUUUACAGCUCUGCAAGUGAAUAUCAUAUUUCAAUUUCGGCCAAUGAGACAAUCCCUGAAGUUAUUAAUUCCACUGAAGACAUUGGAAGUGAAAUUAAUAUUUUCUACUUGAUUAGAAAAAGGGGACAUUUUCCAAUGCCAGAACUUCAGCUGUCGGUUUCAUUCCCUAAUUUAACGUCUGAUGGUUUUCCUGUCUUGUAUCCAACUGGAUGGUCCUCUUCCGAUAAUGCAAACUGCAGACCCCAGAGUCUUGAGGAUCCUCUUGGAAUCAACUCUGGAAAGAAAAUGAUCAUAUCAAAAUCAGAAGAUCUCAAACGAGGCACACUGCUGGACUGCAGUACGUGUAAGCUUGCUACCAUCACAUGCAAUUUUAUCCCUUCUGACUUGAGCCAAGUGAACAUUUCACUUAUCUUGUGGAAACCAACUUUUAUAAAAGCACAUUUUUCCAGCUUAAAUCUGACAAUCAAGGGAGAACUUUGGAGUCAAAAUGCAUCUCUGGUUUUAAGUAGUAGCAACCAAAAAAGAGAGCUUGCUAUUCAAAUAUCCAAAGAUGGACUCCCAGGCAGAGUGCCACUGUGGGUUAUCCUCUUGAGUGCAUUUGCCGGGCUGUUGCUGCUGCUCCUGCUGAUACUUCUUCUCUGGAAGAUUGGUUUCUUCAAAAGACCACUAAAGAAGAAAAUGGAGAAAUGAAAUAUUUUUCAAGAGAAAAUGAAAAACAAUUACUCAAUGAUCCAUGUUCCUCAGGUUAGCCUCAAACAUGUGACAAGAAAUCUACAAAAAGAAAAAAACACCAAAGACAGAGUCACAUAACUCUAUGCAAUCCAACAAAGAUUCAUCACAUAGGAAAUAACAGAUCAAGCUGGAUCCAAAAACAGUACCAAAAAUAUAUGUAUAUUUUUAAGUGAUGAAACUUAUUUUAAAAGAUUACUCAUUUUUGUUGAGUAGUAAAUAACAGUGUUUUUAAGAAGAAUCAAUAUGAAUAUGUUUAUUUGUUAAAUCACCACCACCCAAAGUAUUUAAGAAAAUACACAAAUAACUUUAUUAUCACAGAAGCAUUUAUUUUUCAAAUUAUUCUUUGUUUCCCUGAUUGUGGACAGAUAUUCACCGUUAGCAUGAUAGGUCACACUUGUAUGGCCCAGAAAAAUGAUUGCCUGAAAAAAAAACCACUUCUCCAAGCAUAAAUGUAAAACUAAUAAAGGUCCCUUAAUAGAAUCCAUAUACAAUAUUGGCUGAAAACAGAACUAAAUCACAACAAAUUCAUUCAGCAUCUUUGUGUUGGGUUCUUUAGUUCCCAUGUGACUGGAAAAUAGUGCAAUUUGAGAUAAAAUUCUAUGUAGAAUGAAUAUACCAGAUAGAGUUGUUUAAAAACAAGUGCACUGAAUGGAAUAGAUUAAUCUUUUACAGAAUGUGCUUAAUUUUUAAAACAUAGCUCUAAAAUGCAAAAGUCUAUAUAGAAUUUAAAGCACAAUAAGUAGUUUUGUGGAGUAUCACAGUGAGCUGUCAUGAAAAGCAUAUUAUGCAUGGAUCAUGCCAUGGAGGAUUCUGGAUGGAGGAUACAUGGCAGCAGAAAUAAAGGCCUCCUGAAGUACUGAAGUCUUUGCGGCGCAGCCCAUGAAUGCAAGUGGGCACCUCUAGGGUGCCAGUUAUAAAGCAGGAUCAUCAUCAGCUCAUUGGUACAGAGUUCAUUCCACGCCCCUGCCCCAAGCUGUGAGAAUACAUUUGUUUUUAAUUUUUUAAAGGCAUUUAACUUUCCAAACACAUUUCUUAUUUCUUUUAUAAAAAGGCAGUAUGCCAUAUCUGUAUUGCAUUCUACCAAUAACUCAUUGCUUUUGAUUGUGGCAUAUUAAUAUUUAAGUAGAACCCCAGAAAAUGUAUUUUGAAGAAUUUCUGCCUUGAAAAAGCUCAAAGCAACCAAAAGAUAUCACACCUUUAUGUAUUUUUUUAGUAUAGUUUCUCUGACUCUGCUGUGGCAUAAGCUUCCAAGUCGCUCCUGAUUUUAAGAAAAUAACAAAAAUUGAAUGUAUAGUAGCUGCAUGUGUGAAAUACUGCUGUACAAUUUGCCGGUACUUCUGCAAUACCUGCUACUCCACUGGAUUUACCAUCACAACACCAGACAGCAAAGCAACAGAGAAACUGGAUAUCAGAGGCUUAAUGCAAAAAAAAACAAAACAAAACAACAACAAAAAAAAAACAGCCUAGUUUCUGAAGAAUUACCUGAAGACUCAGAUUCUGCCUACCUCUUGGCUCUCCACCUUUACAACUAAGACCCUGAAAACUAAAGAUAUAAACCAGAGAGAUGCCAAGGAUAUCAGUAGCUGGAAGAAAGAAGAUAUUUCCUCUAUCCUCCAUACUUCUUUGUUCUGAGUUCAGAAACCAUUCUUCCCACUGGCUAUUUCUUUGCCAAAUAAAACUCAGGGUUUCUCUUUUUCA